CUUCCCUUGCCGCUAAUAAACUGAAAGCGCACUAAACUAACAAUUCGGCGGACAACUCUCUCUCUCUCUCUCUCUCUCUCUCCCCGCACAGAGUUACUUCCCGCAGUUCUUCAAUGGCCAACGAACAGGACGAAGUUCAAGCUAAUCCUGAGGCUACACCGCUGGCACUUACUUCCGUCACUCAAGAGGCCAUUUCUCCCGGUGACAAACUGCAGUUUCCUUCUUACGCCGCAAAAGACCUGUUGUCGAUUGGAGUAUGCAUUCCCUGCAUCAUUCGCCUAUCUGGCAUUGAAAGGCACAAUUAUUCCUUUUCAUUGUCAGCACCAAUCUUAGGUUCUGAUACGGAGGCAAUUGAGGAUGAUAAUGAUAGAAAUACUUGCUGCUUAUGUUUAGGUAUUUUACAGUUCAGUUACAUUGACGAUAAAGGUGACUUUAUAAAAUGUAAAGGAGUUGAUGAUUUAGCUGUCUCGAUUUCUGAGAUGGUAAAGAAAGAGGGCCAUCAGAUUGAUAGCUUUUCUCUUGAGGUGUCGGUUCCUUCAAUCAUUCUGGAGAAUGAGAAGCGUGUUUGGCUGUAUUUGAAAAGAAAAUAUGGGUCUGAACAGUGGUUUCAAGGCAAGCCUCCUCCUAUAUGUCUUUCAGCGAAGGAUGCCUUAAAAAUCUGUAUAACAAAGCCUCUUGAAACUUUACUGGAUUGCAAAUCUAGUUCAAGUGGCUUGCGCAUCCGGUUAACUUAUAGUCAUCCUAAAGCUUCAAAUGGCAAUGGUAAUUCCAUCAAAAGAAACCAGGAUGGCUUCAAGAUGAGAAAAAUCAUUGGCAGUGAUGAACCCUCGGAUAUUUCAAACUGUAAUGUCAAUUCUGUUGCUGAUGAUUGUAUCAACCCUUCACAAGAAGUUAUUUUUCCUCAAGAAACGAUCAAAGAACCAUGCCAUUUGGCUCUAACUUGUUAUAGAACUUCGAUAUACAUGUUUGGCAGAUAUAUAAAGUAUUCAAGAAAUGUGAGUCAGACACGUUGGGUAAUUGGUGAAGAGAGAAUGGGAGAAGCAUCUGUCGAGGAGAUUCUAGGCAACAAUAUUCUUCCCUUCUGUCGAGGUGAUAGUUACAAGUUCCAUGCUGCCGGUAGAGAGGAUCUCGAUGUUCGAAUGUUGGGUUCAGGUAGACCUUUCUUGGUUGAAAUACAGAACGCACGUCUUCUCCCAUCUGAGAUGAUAAUAAAUGAAAUACAGUCAAAGAUAAAUAGUCCAGAAACUAAAUUGGUUGGCGUAAGAAAUCUGAAAGUUGUAGGCAGCGAAGGUUGGGCCCUGGUUCAAGAAGGAGAAGCAGAGAAGCAGAAGCAAUAUGCUGCACUUGUGUGGACAUCUCGCCCACUCGAGGAUGACGAUUUUUUAUCAAUAUCAUCACUCAAAGACUUGAAAAUUUUGCAAAGAACUCCAAUAAGAGUGCUUCAUCGCCGAAGUCCAUUAGAACGUGAAAAGAUCAUCCACUGGAUGAAGAUUGAGAAGGUUGCUAAAAGUUCUCAGUACUAUCUCCUACAUUUGUGUACUCAGGCUGGAACAUACAUUAAAGAAUUCGUCCAUGGGGAUCUUGGUCGGACUCAUCCCAGUAUAGGAUCUAUUCUUAGUUGCCGAGCUGAGAUUCUUCAACUUGACGUUACGGAUAUAAAAAUGGACUGCCAUUUGGCCGAAUAAAAGAAAGGUUUGGUCUAAGGUUCAUUCAUAGAAGAAGGAGAAGGAUGAGAUUCACUUUGGUGCCCUCACAUGCCCCUCCUCCCCGUCCGUCAAUUUGGUAAUUUCAAAUAGAUUUAUUUGAUUUGAUAAUUUAAAAUUGAUUAACCUAAACUUUUCUUUUCCCCAUUUUCUUGGGGGAAUCAUUGUUGGAGGUCGUAUUGAAUUUAUAAGUGCUAUAAAGGGGAGGGUCAAGACGUACUUUCAAAUUAAGCAAUGUGGCAAUGUAUUGUCAGUAAGGUUAGUUGGUAAACUCCUUUUAUUUUUUUAGACUAGAUUAUGAUAUCUUUCUUUUUGUA